AUCCGUGAGUAGUCGGAGUAAUUCGAAUGAAUGCUUUUGCUGAACGGAAAUAUCCGGAAACAGUCGAAGAAUAAUUUAUUGAGGUUGACUUUUUGGGCGCUCGAAAACAGCCGACUUUAACCGAAUUUAGUUUAAGGUAGAAGCCGCCAUAUUUGAUCUCUAUCUAAAGGGAGAAAAGCCCUGUGCAACUGUUAGCAAUCACUGUGUUGGAGCUGUUAUGACAGACAAGGGACUGUUGCCAUGGCAACAGAAGAUCACUGUGAAGAUAAUGGUGGGAAUCUAACCAACUUAAUAGUGAAUUAUAUCCCACAAAGUCUUUCCAAUGAAGAAUUCCGAGCCAUGUUCCUGACUAUUGGUCCAAUUAAGUCAUCAAAAAUAAUUCAAGACAGGGCAACAGGAUACAGCUACGGAUUUGGAUUUGUAGAUUACGAACACCCAGAAGAUGCUGCAAGAGCAGUUCAAACUUUAAAUGGACUUCAUAUUGAGAACAAAAGAAUCAAAGUGGCGCUCGCUAGGCCCAGUGGUCUUGGGGUGAAGGGGGCCAAUGUUUAUGUGAGCCAUUUACCAAAUCAUUAUGCUCAGAGCGACCUUGUUAAGCUCUUUGAACCUUAUGGUAUUAUCAUCCGUUCCAGAAUAAUGACUCAUCCAAACACUAACCAAUCUAAGGGAGUAGGCUUUGUUUUGUAUGAUCAGAAAAAAAUGGCAGAAGCUGCCAUUGCUGACUUGAAUCAAACUAUACCUCCAGGUGGUAGUGAGCCAAUAAUAGUAAAAUUUGCUAAUGAAGCUCCCAAUUCUAAAAAAACUCGCCCUCCACAUGAACAAUACAUGAACAAUAAUAACAGCAUACAACAAACUUUCUCCACGCCUAUGCUCAUGCGUAAUGAACGAUUUACAAGUCCGGUGCCUGUCAAUUACUCUCCUAACAACCCCAACCCUAACCCAAAUAAUGACAUGUCUAACAGUCCAGUGUUGUUCAUCUACAACACUGGCAAUAUGGAUGAAUCUGACCUGGGCCAGCUUUUCUGCGGCUUUGGUACUGUGCAAAAGGCCAACAUUGUGCGUGUACAUCAGAAGACAAAAGGUUAUGGCUUUGUCACGAUGGCUAACCAACACGAAGCAGAAAAUGCUGUCGGCAGGCUCAAUGGAUACCGCUAUCGCGGUUGGGGACCCCUCCAAGUCUCUUUUAAAAACAAAUAAUUUACUUGAGUCUUAUAUGGGUUAUUUUCAUUUACCCCCCUUCUUUUUUUAUUUUUUACUUUUUUAGUUAAAAAUAUCUAUACUCUUAUUUUGUUUUACUAUUAAUUUACUUUUCGGCUUCUUUACUGUGGAAUUUAAAAAGCAAAAGUGGCAAUCGAAGCUGCUACCAACUCUGUAUCACUUUGGAGGUGAUUUCUCCUCCCCUUCCCUCUCCCAAAGGUUACAAAGUUAUCAGUAAUUUUAAGAAAUGGCAGCUUCCCUUUCUUUUAACUUUAUUAUUAUUACAUAUUGUUCUUAAGCUAAUUAGUGGCAAUACAAUAGUUGUUGCAUUUUCUUUUAUUAUGAUUAUUUCUUUAUAGUUACCUUGACUUAUUUUCAAAAGAACUUAAAAUGGUAACAUCUUGUAUUGAUAGAUGUGUGUUUAAAAAAAAAAAAAGCAAAAACAAAAACUGAUACUAAGGGAUUAGCAUGUUUUGUGGCUUCAAUACACAAACGCAGCAGUUUGACAAAAAAAGAAAAAAAAAAAUAGCACCCCUAAUGUAAUUUCAUUUCACCUCCCCUUUUUGUUUUUAAUUUAUUGAAUUUUUAAAUUUAUUUUUAUACGUUUUCCUCCCAAAACCUUUUUUUCUCCCCUUCCUGUCUCUCUCUCUCUCUCUCUUUUUAGUAAGAACGCAAGCAUUCUUGCAAAUGUCCAUAUUAAGGCAGAAAAUAUUGGUUUGACUGGUCCACUAUUCAUUAUUCAAUUAUGUUAGGUGUCUUCAUGAAUGUAUGAAUAAAAAAACAAAAACAACAAAAACAUCUCAGAUCAUUCCUUGUAAUAUUUUCUAAUAAAUAAAUUCUGCUGGCUGUAAUGCUGCCACAAAAAUUGUUUUGCUCCAGUGCUUCUCUCCUCCCUCCCCCUCACCACAUUGCUAAGGCAAUCAUGACUUUGAAUUAUAUAUUUCCCUUCCCCUCUUUUUCUUCUCCAUUUCAGUUCCUGAAAUCAUUUGAAGAAUCUUAUAAAGAACUGUCUUGGUACAAUAAAUAUAUUGACUCAAGCUGA